AUGGACAAUAUGUCUAUUACUAACACACCAACAAGUAAUGAUGCUUGUCUGAGCAUUGUUCACAGCUUGAUGUGCCAUCGACAAGGUGGAGAGAGCGAGACUUUCGCCAAGCGCGCAAUCGAGAGCUUAGUUAAAAAGCUGAAGGAGAAAAAAGAUGAAUUGGAUUCUCUGAUUACAGCUAUAACCACAAACGGAGCUCACCCUAGCAAGUGUGUUACAAUACAGAGGACGCUGGACGGGAGGCUGCAGGUGGCCGGCCGCAAGGGCUUCCCGCACGUCAUCUACGCCCGCCUCUGGCGGUGGCCCGACCUUCACAAGAACGAGCUCAAGCACGUCAAGUACUGCCAGUACGCCUUCGACCUCAAGUGCGACAGCGUCUGCGUCAACCCCUACCACUAUGAGCGCGUGGUGUCACCCGGCAUCGAUCUCUCGGGACUGACGCUGCAGAGCUCGGCCCCGCCCAGCAUGCUGGUGAAGGACGAGUACGUGCACGACUACGAGGGGCAGCCGUCGCUGUCGUCGUCGGCCGAGGGUCACUCGGUGCAGACCAUCCAACACCCGCCCGGCAACCGGGCCGGCUCGGAGCCCUUCAGCGCGCCCGCCAUGUUGGCGCCCGCCGAGUCCAGCACCACCAGCACCACCAACUUCCCCAACAUUCCCGUGGCCUCCACGAACAGCACCACCAGCUGGACCGGGAGCCGCACGGCCGCCUACACGCCCAGCAUCCCGCACCACCAGAACGGGCACCUGCAGCACCACCCGCCCAUGCACCCCGGACACUACUGGCCGGUGCACAACGAGCUCGCCUUCCAGCCGCCCAUCUCCAACCAUCCUGCUCCCGAGUACUGGUGCUCCAUCGCCUACUUCGAGAUGGACGUGCAGGUGGGCGAGACCUUCAAGGUGCCCUCGAGCUGUCCCGUUGUCACCGUGGACGGGUACGUGGACCCCUCCGGAGGGGACCGGUUCUGCUUGGGACAACUGUCCAACGUGCACCGCACGGAGGCCAUCGAGAGAGCCAGGUUGCACAUCGGCAAGGGCGUGCAGCUGGAGUGCAAGGGCGAGGGCGACGUCUGGGUGCGCUGCCUGAGCGACCACGCCGUCUUCGUGCAGAGCUACUACCUGGACCGCGAGGCGGGCAGGGCGCCGGGCGACGCCGUGCACAAGAUCUACCCCAGCGCCUACAUCAAGGUGUUCGACCUGCGGCAGUGCCACCGGCAGAUGCAGCAACAGGCGGCCACCGCCCAGGCCGCCGCCGCCGCCCAGGCCGCAGCCGUGGCGGGCAACAUCCCCGGGCCCGGCUCCGUGGGUGGCAUCGCGCCCGCCAUCAGCCUGUCGGCCGCAGCUGGCAUCGGCGUGGACGACCUGCGGCGCCUGUGCAUCCUGCGCAUGAGCUUCGUCAAGGGCUGGGGCCCCGACUACCCACGGCAGAGCAUCAAGGAGACGCCGUGCUGGAUCGAGAUCCACCUGCACCGCGCCCUGCAGCUGCUGGACGAGGUGCUGCACACCAUGCCCAUCGCCGAGCCGCAGCCGCUGGACUGA